AUAAUAAAUUAUUAAAAGAAGCUGGCAGUUUUCCUGACAAAGACAACUUCCUGAAAGCAGUCCAGAAAUGUCAAUCAUACCUUAAUAAAGUUUGCAUACGAGGUCAAAGAGGAAUCAACAUUAGAAAUUUCUUCAAAAUUCCUGAAAAUGUGGAAUUCUCAGACAGUGAUAGUGAGUGUAAAGAUGAUGAUGUUAUUAUAGAGGAGCAUGUUUAUCUUGAUUUAGAUACAUCUUCCGAGGAAGAUUCUGCAAAAGACUAUUUGAAUAUGAAACCCAAAGAAUGUGCUGAGUACAUAUUGCAAGGCAAACUAGAUGAACGCCUUCUUUCAAUUUAUAGAGAAGAAAUACCUAGUGAGUCUCAUAAAAAUUUCCUUAAUAAGUCUCCAAAAGAUAGGCUUCGUUAUGUCCCCAGCUUUGGACCUUUUCACAAAGACAAUAAUAUGGAUAGAAUAUUCAAUUAUCUUGAAAAUUUAUUUGAAACAAAUGCAGGGGAGGAACCUUUUAAAAAUUCAUAUAUUUAUGAAGUAUGGAUUCCUGAGGCAUUAAUAAAUGCCCUGUCAGUUGUGAAAAAUAUGAAUUUGGAAGACGCAGAAACUAUAUUUUAUAGCAUCCAGGUAGACGACAAAGCGCGAGCGGAUAAUGACAGAUUAGAAAGUGUGUGACGUCCCUCUCCCCCAUCAAGGGUGCUUUCUUCUGAGGAUUUUUAUUCUUAUUAACCCUUGUAACAACCAUUUACAAGUGUUUCUUUUUCUUUUUUUUUUGUUCUUUUUACUUAUGUGUCAUUCAGUGUUUUGAGUGUCUCUCACAUGUUUGUAAAUUGUUCCAUUCACAUAUUAGUGUAACUUGUGGUGACUAAUUUUAGCUAGCAUUUUUUUUUUUUUUUUCAUCAUUGGACGUUUACAUCACAAUCCAUUACAGGGUGCCCGAAAAAUAAGGGAAAAUGUCUCGAGAAAUUUGCGUCCGAUCAAAAAUCUAAAACGUGCAAGUUAAAUAUUUUCAAAAAGAUGAAUUUAAUUCCACUUGCCACCCUCCUCAGUAGUAGAAAUUAAAAAAAUUCUGUAACUAUUACUUGUCUGCAUAUUUUCACUGGUUCAUUUACAAGUUUCUAUUGGGUUUUGUUUUGUUUUUUAAAAAAAAAUUAAAAUACAAAGAAUAUGUAUUAUACACGGUUAUCCUGAAAUAUACUAUCCUGCGGGGGGGAAAAGAAAGUCAAAAAUCCAAAACAUAUGUUCCUUUUAUAUUCUUUGCUAGUCCUCUGACAAUAUUUUUUGUCAUGGACCUAAUCAAAUUUUUUUAACUAAGGGACCAAUGUUGUUUUCUAGCCCUGCUACUUUACCUCUUAAAUUGGGAUAAGGGCAAUUUUAAAUGGGAAUCCCUAUUUAUUUUUUUAUUGCAGUUUUGGAUUCCUCAGAAAAAAUAAUAAACAAUUUGUCCUACAGAUAUUUGCAUUUGAAUUCACGGAUAGCUCUAUAAUCACCAAAUGAAUAUGUGUUAGUGUUGUUUAAAAUUGAGGGUAAAUUGAUUGUUUAAAAUUAAAAAAUUUUGAAAUGCAUGUCCAUACCUGCCAAGUCUUGUGUUUUUUAAUGAAGACUUCUGUAUUUUACAACUAUUUCCUGUUUGCCUGUAUAUUCUCAGUUUUCUCCGUAUUUGUUAAAGAAGGUUUUUUUUAUUUUAAAAAAACGAAUUUUGGCGAUAAAAUAACCGCAAAUGGCAAAAAUACUUCUCUUAUGUGGCAAUUAGUGCUGCAGUAUGCUGAGUGUUUAUAGUUUAAGUAAUUAUAAAUAAUUGUUUAAAAAAAUCUUCUUUAGAUUAAGAUUUACAUAAAUACUUUUUACUUCGCUAAAUAUAAGUGCUUGCAUUAUUUUAAAUUUUGACUUACAUAAUUAUGCAUGAUGUAUCAAAACUUUACGCGUAGCCCAAAAAAUGUCGUUAGUAAAAUCUCCUUUAUUUUAUUUCUCCAAUGAUGGCAGGUAUGCAUGUCGUAGUAAAAAUAUAAUAAUAACACUAAUCUAAUGACACCAAUGUCAAACCCAUUCUACGCUGAGGCAAGGAUAACUCACUGGGGAGGUGGUCAAGAAGUUUGGUAUUGUUGAAUACAUCUUUUGGUGUUAUUUCACAAUUCCCAUUCUCUCUCUCUCUCUCUCUUUUUUUGUUUUUUGCAUGAAUAAAUAUGUAUAUUCCUGAGAUAUUUGUCUGGUUUUAUACUUUUUGGGCACCCUGUAUGUCAUUUUUUAAAGGAGUAGAAUUUGAUUGCUUGGAUAUAUUUUUUAACAUCAUCAUCUCUUAGCUUGAGUUAUUUCAUUGCGAAAGUCUAUUUCGCAGUAUUAUUUCAUGUUUGGUAUAGAGUUUUACAGCUUUGUUAAUGAGAUUUGUAA